CCCCGCCCCGAGCCUAGUCACUAGUUCCGCGCUGUGGUCUCCGCGCGUCGGCGAGUGGCGGAAACCGAGAUGUCGACUAUCAUGCAGCGCAUCGAGAAGCUGUCCAGCAGGGUGGUGCGCGUUCUGGGCUGUAACCCGGGACCCAUGACCCUGCAGGGCACCAACACCUACUUGGUAGGGACCGGCAGCAGGAGAAUCCUCAUUGACACUGGAGAACCAGCAAUUCCAGAAUAUAUCAACUGUUUAAAGCAGGCUCUGACUGAAUUUAAUACAACAAUCCAGGAAAUCGUAGUGACUCACUGGCACCAUGAUCAUACCGGGGGCAUAGGAGAUAUUUGUAAAAGCAUCAGUAAUGACACUGCCUAUUGCAUUAAAAAACUCCCACGGAACCCUCCAAGAGGAGAAAUUAUAGAUGGAAAGCAACAAUAUGUUUAUCUGCAAGAUGGAGACAUGAUUAAAACUGAGGGUGCCACUCUCAGAGUUAUACACACACCUGGCCACACUGAUGAUCAUAUGGCUCUACUUUUAGAAGAGGAAAAUGCUCUCUUUUCUGGAGAUUGCAUCCUAGGAGAAGGAACAACUAUAUUUGAGGACCUUUAUGAUUAUAUGAACUCCCUAAAAGAACUGUUGAAAGUCAAAGCUGAUAUUAUAUAUCCAGGACAUGGCCCAGUAAUCCAUAAUGCCGAAGAUAAAAUUCUGGAAUACAUUUCUCACAGAAAUAUGCGAGAACAGCAAAUUCUUGCAUUACUUCAGGAUAAUUUUGAAAAAUCAUUUACAACAAUGGAGCUGGUAAAAAACAUUUACAAGACUGUUCCUGAGCAUUUAUAUAAGAUGGCUGAACAUAAUGUCUUGCUUCAUUUAAUAAAAUUAGAAAAAGAAGGAAAAAUCUUUAGCAACAUGGAUCCUGACAAGAAAUGGAAAGCUAAUCUUUAGUUGCAGAUUAAUGAAAGCUUGUCUUGGUUUGUUUUUAGAGAAUGGUGUGAUUUUCUUAACUAUUAAUUAUUUAUACGAAAGACAGAGUAUAGAACAUUGAAAAUAACCCUAGAUAUACUUUAAAAUAUUGUCAUAUUUUCUUCUAAAAUAAAUAUUACCUUUUACAUUUUACAUGUUACUUAUCUAACCUGAGUCGUAUAACAUUUUAUCAAAAAGAAUCCAACAAUUUAUCCAUGUUCAACAGAUUCAAUAAAAUGGCUACUUUAAAAAUAA